AUGGCCCAAACCCGAACUUCUCCGGAUCCAAUCCAACCCGAAGAACACCCUGCCCGUAACCUAACCCUCACCGACACGCGCGUUCAACGCGCGUGGGCUCAUUGGACCAACUUGGGUCGACCGAAACUGAUAGUUGCUCCGAUGGUGGAUAACUCGGAGCUUCCGUUCCGGUUGUUGUGUAAGAAAAAAGAAGAAUUCACCACUUGUAAGGAGGAUCGACCACUUUUUGUUCAAUUUUGUGCUAAUGAUCCUGAUGUGUUGUUGGAAGCUGCACGUAGAGUGGAGCCUUAUUGUGAUUACGUUGAUAUUAAUCUUGGGAGGCGCCGGAGUCCUGUAAGCAAACGAUCGUUGAUGGUGUGA